AUGCCGUGCUUGCACAACUCAUCCCUCUCGCACAACGCACUCCCAAUUCCAAGAUUCUUCCGCUUCCCCCGAACCCCGCCUCACCCGCGCCAACUCCGCCAUCCCUUUCCCCCUCCAGUCCGGAACGCGAAAUGCGACUUCACGACCGGGGAGUGGCGGAAGGGGACCAAAGGAUUUCCGCGGUACACGUCGCUUCCGGGAAAGCCCAACUCUUGCCCUUAUGUGCGGUCUGAUUUCGCGUGCGAGCGCAACGGGCGCGCGGACAUGCGGUUUCAGUGGUACCGCUGGCAGCCCAAGCAGUGCAUGUACUCAUACUUCAGCCCCUCGGGCUUUAAGUACAUGCUCAAGCAGAAGAAAGUGCUGCUAGUGGGCGACUCGAUGAUGUCCAAUUUUUACGAGGCGCUCCUCUGCGCCAUCCACAUCGGCGGCUUCAAGGGCGAGCCCUACCAGCGCAACACGGGGGGCGUGUUCAAUGUUAAAGGCGUGCGCUUUCCCCGCAUGGGCAUUUCCAUCGAGCACCUCUUCUCGCCCUACCUCGUCUACGCGAUCACGCGCGGCGCCCAGACCGCGAACGCGAAGGGCGGCCACGGCUACGACGUCCACGUGGACAAGAUCCAUCCGACGGUCGCGAAGAUCCUUCCGGAAUACGCCAUGGCGGUCUUCGCGUCGGGAGUUUGGUGGCAGCAGAACGUCCCGCUCUUGCCCCGUGAAUACGACACGGACGACGAAUACAUUGAGAAGGAUUCGGACGAUGAGGACGAUGCUGCUGGCUCCGAUCGCGACGAUGCCGUUGCCGCCUGGCACGGCAUCGCUAAAUACAACGGCCCUGAUCAGGACGAUGCAACCGCUGCUCAAGCCGAUCACGAUCAAUCUGCGGCUGCCUCGCGCUCUGACGGGAAGCGGAAGGGAAAGUCUGCAGUGCGCAGCCCUGCUAAGGUGAACAGCAGCCCGGGGCCUGGCGCUCGUAUUGAGUGGACGCUGAAGGAGUUGACCAUCCUAGUUGCAGCUCGUUGGCUCAUGAAGGACGAGCUGCAGCAGAUGACUGGGAAGCAAGGCUCCCAAUACUGGCUGCGUCUCUGCGAGCACAUUAAGCUCCAGCACCCCGACUGGAGCUGCAACGCUACCGCGUGCACCAACCAGUGGAAACGGUUGAAGGCCUUGUGGAAGCAGGUGACGAAGGGGGACUCUGCGUCGGGUGGGGCAACUGUCAUCAAGCCCCCGUGGUGGGAGUGGAUGGUCCUUUUCUAUAAGGACACUGAAGCGGUGGACCCGCACGCACUGGAUGGUGGCCGUGCUGACGACGUUACCGUCGAUCCAGGCCUGAACAUCCCUAAGCCCGCGAAAACCGACGCUACAACUACAACAUGUGAGUUUUUCAGAACGGGGAUGUGA